UUAUGAUAUAACUAAGAAUGACAAGAAAAUUGUAUAUAAUUUAGCAGCAAAAAAAUAUUUUUGCCUAAAAAAGCUUUAAUUUAUUCUAGAUUGAUUUAUUGGCCGGUGAUAAAGUUACAAUUGCAAGAGAACCCCAUGUUAAAUAAUGCGCUCCUUUUUUUGCCCCUUAAUUUUUGCCUUUGCAUAUUUGUAUACAAAAUGAAUCUAGUGUUGGAGUUGGGAGCUGCCAUUUCACACCUUUACUUUCUCUCUCUAGACUUAACCCACACCCACCCACAAAAAAAUAAAAAAAUCAUUCAGAUAUAGUUGUCCACUACCAUCCCUGCUUCCGAUGGAGUACUUCUCCGGCGGCGGAGGCGGGUGGGAUGACAGUGGCAACCGGCCCUCCCCUCGGAGAGAGCUGCAGGGCCCACGUCCCUCAGCCCUUAAAGUCAACAAAGACUCCUACAAGAUCAGGAAGCCACCAGUUGCGCCGCCGCCGCCGCCUAAUAACCCACCACCGUCGGAAUCAGAAGCUCCGCCGCCGCAACCCGCCGAAGACCGUCAGCCCGUCAUAAUCUACGCGGUUUCCCCAAAAGUCAUCCACACAACCGUCAGCGACUUCAGGAAUCUGGUGCAGAGACUCACCGGCAACACGACCGCGGACGGCGGCGCCUCCUCCUCCUCGGGAGCCGGGAACAUCUCUCCGGCGGCCAGGCUGGCUUCAACAGAGAAAGCAAGCCCCCCAAAGGAGAGGGAGUUCUGCAACGAGAGCAAUUUCUUCUUGGGCGAAUUUCUGGAAGGCACAGACGUGGAAAUGGGGAGUAUGCCAGGAAUACUAACGCCGGCGCCGGGGAGUAUACCGCCGAUAUCGCCGGGAUUCUUCUCGCCGGCGGGGGACCCGUUUAUGAUGGGGUUGAACAUGUUCAUAACAAGCCCGUCGACAUUGUUUACAGGUCCAAUGGCGUCGCCUUCACCCUCUUCUUCUACUUCUGAUCUAUUCAAUUUCAACCCUUUCUUUGACUUUUAGCCACCCGCCCGCCACUGUGGAAUUUUCCACCUUUCUUUUUCUUUUAAUUAGCUUUUUUUUAUUUAUUUUUUUUUCUAGAGAGAGAAAGUGUGAUUGUGUGAAGGAAAUGAGGAGGAAAAUUCAUUCAUGUGUACACCACACCACACCACUAACAAUUCAUCAAGAAUUGAAAUUGAUUUUGCCCAAAUUGGCUUUUGAUCAAUAUAUAUUAUAUAUACAUACAUUAGGGAUGUAUUUUUUUCUUGUGGAUGGUAAUUAAUUACUUGUCCAAUUUGUGUUAUUUUGAUUUAUUACGAUAUUAUUUGGUAGUA